CUCCCGCGGCCAUUAACGGAGCCGCCAAUCGUCAGAACCGAUAUUUUCGCCAUCGGCUCUACCAUUUACGAAAUCGUGACGAGCAGACAGCCAUACGAGGACCUCUUGGACGAUGAGGUUGAGGCUCGUUACUCCCAGCAAAUCUUUCCUAGCGUGCAGGGAUUGCCGUGCGGGCAGAUGAUCAUGGAUUGCUGGCGCUGCGAGAUACAAACGGCCGAAGAGUUCAUGAUGCGGCUCAAGGCAGAGCUCGAAAGUGCCCAAAGCAACUGA